AUGGGCACUGUAGGAAUUCCGGUGAAGCUCCUCCAUGAGGCGGUCGGCCACAUUGUGACGAUCGAGCUCAAGGGUGGCGCGAACUACCGUGGUCGCCUUUUUGAUGCUGAGGACAACUUCAAUGUGACAAUGAAGGAUGUCGCCGUGACGGCGCGCGAUGGGAAGCAGACGCAUCUCAACAGUGUAUACAUUCGUGGGAAUAUGAUUCGGUUUAUGGCUGUCCCGGAUAUGCUGCAGCAAGCGCCCAUGUUCAAGCGUGUUGGCCCGAACGCGAUGAAGGGUCGCGGCAUUGGAAGCGCACGCGGCCGCGCAACAAUCCUACGCGGUACGUUUCCGCAGCACUAA